GGGGUGUGGUUUGCAAAAAAGAAAUUACAAGAGGAACACCAACACCCUGUGUGAAUAAACCAUCAGAGAAAUUCCACAGCGCUGUGAAUGUAUCCACUGUCAGGACAAAGACGUUGUUAAGAUGGGAUCCAGUAAUUCUUCACCACCUCCUCCUCCAGAGUAUGACAGGCCAUGGAGAUCAAUAAACUGGAGUGAAGAUGGACAAAAACUUUUGAAAACAGUAACCAACUUCCAACCUGGCAACCAAGAAGUCAACCCUCUCCGAAUUCUUCUGCAUGGACCAGUAGGUGCUGGAAAAUCAAGCUUCUUCAACUCUGUGAAUAGUGCUCUCCAGGGUUACAUCACUACCAGAGCCCUGGCAAAUUCAUCAUUAAAUGCUGAAAAAACGUUCACUGUGCAGUGCAAAACAUACAAAGUCAAGAAUGAGAGGGCUGGCUCCUUCCUUCCUUUCGCGUUCACUGACAUCGCCGGUAUGGACAAAAAGUUUGGAAUAAAGACUGAUGACAUCAUCCAGUUAUUAAAUGGUCACAUCAACGAUGGUUAUACUUUUAACCCAGUAAAACCAAUUACUGAUGAAGACCCAAAGUACAACAACAAUCCCAUUCUGAAAGACAAGAUUCACUGUCUGGUGGCUGUUCUUCCUGCUAACACUGUUUCUAUGAUUAAUGAGGAAAUGAUUUGGCAAAUGAGAGAAGUUCGGGAGAAAGCACGAGACUUGGGCAUUCCUCAAGCCAUAGUCAUGACCAAGGUGGAUGAAGCGUGUCCACUAGUUAAAAAAGACCUUAAGAAGAUCUACACAAGCAAAAAAAUAAAACAGAAGAUGGAGGAGUGUUCUAACAAACUGGGAGUUCCUGUGAGCUGCAUUUAUCCUGUGAAAAACUACCAUGAGGAAAAUAAUACAAACACAACAGCAGACAUUCUGAUUUUAGAUGCACUGAAAAAUAUUCUCAACUUUGCCAAUGACUAUGUGGAGGACCAAGUGUUAAGAAAUGCGACUGUCCAAGUGGACAGUUAAACUGUCAAACUAUCCAAGUGGACCGUUAAAAUCAGAGGUGGGCAGAGUAUCCAAAAACUGUACUCAGGUAAAAGUACAAGUAGCCUACUUCUAGAAAUAUUUACUCAAAGUAAAAGUGAAAGUAAUAUUCGUGUACUGCUACAUUUGAAAGAUGAAAGAGAGAAAACUCUUUAGCCUACAUGUGCUUGCGCUCAUAACCGCUGAACUGACCACAAACAAUCCUCAAAUGCAAACUGACAGAUGCAUAUGCAGAUUUUCUUUUAUUUGACUGUAUAGGUCCAGCUGCCACUUCAUUCAAGCUUCUGAGUGAGAAACCGCUUCAGACGAUUCAGUGCGUGCAGGGAACUGAACAAAUCAUUCAAACUGAUUCGCGAACCAAUUUAAACCGUUUUGCCAACUUGUUUGAUCAACCCUGCAUCCCAAUGUGCAUACUAUCCACCCUAUCUGCCCUAAAUAGUAUUGAAAAUUACUAAUGUCACAUACUAUUUAGGAUGGAUAGUAUGCAUUGAGACGCAGACCAAGUCUUUUAACAGAAUUGACUCAAAAGAGUUAUUCAUUUGUGAAUGGGGCAUCAUACAUCUUAACAUGUAGCCUUCAGUAUUGCAUUAAAAUAAAGUAACGAGAGGUACCAAAAA